AACUCUCCGCAUCUGGCUAUCCGUUUUACGUUGUAUUUCCGUAACUUUUGUUGCCUUGUCAUUGCCUUGUAUUGCUCGGAAAAUGGCUUUAGAACCACAAGGAAAUGCUGACGAGGCAAUAAUGAACCAAGUGGAAAAAAUUCAUAAAGAGAUUGCAGAUGCUCAACAUCUUGUCAGUGAACUCCAAAACAUUGCUACAUUAUCAAAUAUCUAUCAACAAGAUGAUAUUGUGUUUCAAAACAAAAUUAAAGACUUGUCAAAAAAAUAUUCUUGCAUAAGAACAACUAGAGGAGAUGGAAACUGUUUCUUUCGUGCUUUUGGUUUUGCAUAUUUGGAAUAUUUAUUGAAUGAUCGUGUUGAAUAUGAGAGAUUCAGAAAUUAUGCUGUUGGUAGCAAGGAUGAAUUGGUUGCCCUAGGCUUCCCAGCAUUUACGGUUGAAGAUUUUCAUGAUACGUUUAUAGAAUUACUUGAUAAAAUUGGAGAAAAGAUGGAUGUAGAUAAACUGCUAACAGUUUUUCAGGAUGAAGGAAUGUCUAAUUAUAUAGUUGUUUAUCUCAGGCUACUCACAUCUGCACAACUUCAAAAGAAGGAGGACUUUUUUGAGAACUUUCUUGAAGGUGGUCAAACAAUGAAAGAUUUUUGCAGUCAGGAGGUGGAACCAAUGUCUAGAGAAAGCGACAAUAUUCAUAUUAUAGCUUUGACAGAUGCAACUGGGGUGUGUAUAAGAAUUGAACACUUAGACAGAAGCGGAGAUGACUUCAUUGUGAAUCAUCAUGAUUUUCCAGACGAUGGUCGGGAUCCUAUGAUCACUUUAUUAUAUAAACCUGGACACUACGACAUAUUGUACAAACAUGUGAAAUGAUGCAAAUAUGCAGAGUUUUAAUGCAACUGUUCAUUUCUAUCUUUAGUUGUUUAUAUUUCCAUUUUGCUCAUGUUUUAAUAAUUUCAGUUUGUGGAAUAUGUUCUCUUAGUGUGUGUUGAUGUCAAUAGGAUAUGUAAAAGAUUGUAAAGUGAAAUAAAACCAAAUGAUUUUUGGAAGUA